AUUUAAAACAUGGUCCUCCCCAAGGUCGAUGAGUGUCGAGGGGGCGCGGCUGUGGUCAAGCGAGGACGGACGUUGAGUAAACUUCUGGAUGCUGCCGGUGUUAUCGACGCCAACGUGGCUGCAUUGCGCGGCCUCGAGCUAUCCAAACUGCCCUUCAUGGAAGAAAUGGUGCCAUAUCGAGCUCGCCGCCAUCCCGAAACAUUGAGCACUCUCGCGAGGUGCACUGCCUACACCAUACGUAAGAAGGCCCUCGAGCUGCAAGCCCAGGCCCCCCUCGCACACGACCACACGUUUUUCAGCAACGAAUCUCAAAGUAACUCGCUACAACAUGUUCCACGACGGCGACCGACGCCACUGCGCUCCAUCGUCCGCCCAACCCCCCCUCCAUCUAUAAUUCUCCCCGAAUAUGCGUCAUCGCAUUCGUCAGCAGUAACGUCGCCGAAGACAAAAAGCCUGCGAAUCACAUAUCGAGCAACCCCACAUCCAUCGACGAGUCCACCCAAACUAGCGCUCAAAUUCAAGCGAAAACGGCCCAGCGUUGGAGGAGGUGGCCCCACUGGUCAUUCGGCCAGUCGGACAAAAGUUCCCGAAGUGACCCAGGUUGCGUGCUGUCACCCCACUCACAUCGUGACACAGUACCACGGCCACCUGAGCGACUACAACAUUGAAGGGCUUAUGGCAGACACGGGAUUUUCCCGCGCAGAAUUGUACACAAUGUGGAGUCGCUUCAAAGCGCUGUGUUCGCUCUCCUAUACCCCAAAGGGGGUCGACCAAGACACGUUUCGACGGGGGGUGCCCCUGUUGUCGAUUGAGGAUUCACUUUUUGUGGAUCGGGUGUUUUCGAUUCUGGACGAAGACAAGUCGGGGAUCAUCGAGUGGCCAGAAUUCAUCCGAGCCAUGUCGGCGCUCGAAAAGGGCGACUUGCGGGACCGCAUUCGGUUCCUCUUUCAGGUAUAUGACUUGAACUGCGAUGGCACGAUCGGGCGCGACGAAUUGGCGACGUUUUUCAUCGCAAGUCUGAUGGUGAACACGCCAAACGAUGACCUACAAGAAGUCACACGGCAAUUUGUGGACGAGAUUUUGUUCAAGUUGCACCCCACGGGAGGCGGCGUCGUGACCAGCCAAGACGUGAUCAACUACAUCGACCAAGCCCCCCAAGACGAUAUUUUCACGCUCUUUGGGCGCACGAUGCUCACGGAGACCGAUCGUCGGCGAGCGCAGGAAGAGCACAUGACUGGUGCGACAUUGGACAUGGACAACAACGAAGACGACGACCCAGCAUAAAGUAGUUCAAGUCUGCAAAUAAGUUAUGUAAUCAAUGAAGGUAGUUGACGAGGAC